UAGAGGAAAAAUCAAACAUAGGAGGAUGUGAACAGACAAAAAAAAAGAAAAGGAAAUGGGAGCCAAAUCAGAAUACUUUUUAAUCACCAUCAAUUCAGCUCCCUUUUGUCUCAGGGCAAAGGCAAGAAGCUUCAAGGGUCCCCAUCUCUCUUUGCUGUAUAAUUGAACCAGUUUCUAGCGAGGAAAGAAGCCAAACAAGUUGUGUAAAUUUCAGAGAGAGGGAACAAUUUCAGAGCCACAAAUGCUGCUAAGAAAAGCCGUUCAAAACACCAAGAUUUUCCUCCACAAAACCCUCCAGAACCUCAAGUCAGUCCUCAUUGGAGGGUACCAAAAACUACCCAAAUCCCGUUCACUGAAUCCCAACAGCCAAAAUGUGCAACAGCUGGAUGAUUUCUACAAAGACUUCUCUGAGCUAUGGGAGUCUGAUAAUGAGAAAAUGAAGAAGAAUAAGAAGACUUCUGCAUUUGCCAAAGUGCUGGUGGAGGAGGAGGGAGAAGAGCGGAAUUCUCUGAUCAACAGAGAUGAAGAGAGAGAAAUGGACGUGAAGAAAACGGGACGUAAUUCGCGUGAAGGCAAGAGAGGGGAGCCGUGUCCUGUGAUUGCCAACGGGGGUUGUGUUCUGGCGCAGAAGAUGAAAGAGUUGGAAAUGAUGGAUGUGAAUGAUGUGGAUCAUGUGUUGGAUAUAGAAGAAGUGCUUCACCUCUACUCUAGGCUUAAAUCCCCGGUCUACCUUGACAUUGUCAACAAGUUCUUCAUGGACAUGUAUUCUGAGUUCUUCCUUCCACAGCCCUCGACAAGCAUUACAAGUUCAUCGCGCAGACUCGGCCCUUUGAAGUUCUAGACACUUACAAUAGAUUUACUUCUUCCCUGUGCACACAACCGGAUAUCUCUCCAUCGAUUUAUUUGCUUGUCAUUUCUGUGUGUGUGUGUGUGUGUGUGUGUGUGUGUGUGUACUCAACUCUAUGAGACCAAGAGUUCAUGUCA